AUGCAGCAAGUAUCGAAAAACGAUCAUGCGCCAAGUGCUGAACGGAGCGAAAUUAUACUUGGACCCACUGUUAGAGCUUGUAAACCAAAAAACGCACCCGAAGUAAGGGCCGACCAGGAACGGGUUCAAGAGGUCCCCCCUUUAGUAGAACACGUCCACAGGCCCCUAAAGCAGAUCUUUUCGUGCGAGUGCGGAAAAAAGGUCCGGAUGGAUAUAUAUAAGAGUCAACACGCCUUUUUGUGCCCAUUCGAGUUUUGGUCAGGAAAGCGAGAGACGGGACGAAGAGUGUGGCGAAGCUAUGUCACCGGCUUUGGUGGGCAAAACGGUUUGAUGAUCAUGAAACGAUGGAGCGGAAUUCUUGAUCAGCAGGAGUUGAGUCAUAUUUCACAGUUGGGGGGUCAUGAUUUUUGGAGCUGGAAGAAAUGCAAAGGGAAAAUCCAGGGUUUUACUUGGUGA